AACACUGGGUAAUUUUGGGUGGUCAGUUGAAGGUGAGCCGCGGUUGGGGACGAACGUUUGAAGAUGGAAAUAGAUCUUGGUGUUCUGGUGCCACUAGUCCUGAUCGUGGGAUUUCUGUACAGGUUGUUGACCAAAAACAAUGGCUACUUUCACGACAAACCGAUCCCGUCGAUGGCAGUUAAGCCGCUUUUGGGGAGUACCGGACCACUAACGCUUAAAAGGUACACAUUGGCAGGAUUUGUGGAAUACAUUUACAACAAGUAUCCAGGUGCAAAAGUUUUCGGACUGUUCGAUAACAUUACUCCGAUUUUCGUGGUGCGGGAUCCGGAGCUGAUCAAGAAAAUAACCAUCAAGGAUUUCGAUCACUUCAUCGAUCACCGACAAGUUUUUGGCAACGGUGACAACGAUAGCCCGUACGUGUUGUUUGGGAAGACGCUGUUUGCAAUGACCGGUCAAAAGUGGCGGGACAUGCGGGCCACACUGAGUCCGGCGUUCACCGGCAGCAAGAUGCGUCAAAUGUUCGAACUGGUGAUCGAGUGCUGUGAAAGUGUGACCCAAUUCCAGCUGAAGCAGUCCAAGAACAUCCAAACGGUUGAAGUGAGCGAAAUGUACAAGCGAUUUAGUACGGACGUGAUCGCUUCGUGUGCAUUCGGGGUUAGUUUGGAUUCGUUCCGUGAUCCUGAUAAUGACUUCUACAGAAAUGGAAAGCAGAUGAUGCGUUUUGAGCGAUUGAGUGUUGCGUUGAGGAUAUUUGCGAAUCAGUUCUUCCCGACGCUAGUUGGAAAGCUUGGAAUUGAUGUUAUCGACCGUGAACACAAUCGUUACUUUAGUGGGUUGAUCAUGAACGCCAUACGAGAGCGCAAUUCCAAAGGUAUUGUUCGAAACGACUUGAUUAAUCUUCUAUUGCAAGCUAGAGCUGGUCUGCUAAAGCAUCAACAAGAGAAGGAUCAGCACGCGGAAGGUUUUGCAACGGCUCUUGAGUCAGAUCUCGGAAAAGUCAACUCUGCUUUCAACAUGACGGACACGGAAAUGAUCGCACAAGCAUUUGUCUUCUUCCUGGCAGGAUUUGAAACUGUUUCAACGUCACUUAUGUUAGCGACUCAUGAUCUUGUCCUUCAUCAAGAGGUUCAACAGAAAUUGUUCGAGGAAAUCCAGGAAACCGAAGCCGCUCUCGAUGGCAAGAAACUAAACUACGAAACGCUACAGAAGAUGCAAUACAUGGACAUGGUAGUUUCGGAAAGCCUUCGGAUGCGACCUGCAGCGGUUUUCCUCGAUCGCGUGUGUGUCCGAGACUAUGUCCUAGACGAUGGAGAAGGACUCAAAUUUACCAUUGAUCGAGGUACCGCCGUCUGGAUUCCUACCCACGGCAUUCACAGGGAUCCAAAAUACUUUCCAAACCCGGAAAAGUUCGACCCGGAGCGAUUCAGUCCCGAGAACCGUCAAUCUAUAGAUCCCUUGACGUACUUGCCAUUUGGAUUAGGCCCACGAAAUUGUAUUGGUUCGAGAUUUGCCUUGAUGGAGAUCAAGGCGUCCUUGUACUACUUGCUGUUGAAUUUCAAAGUUGUCAAAAACGACAAAACUCCAAAUCCACUGAAAUUCCGCAAAGGCUUCACAAUCGCUGCACCAGAUGAGGAUGUAUUUGUCGAUCUUGUAAAGCGCCAACCUUAAUAAAUCUUAAUCAUGCAAAUAAAGAAAUAUUUCCACCCACACAAUCAA